UAUCUUUUCAAACAUAACUGUAACAAUGAGUUCUCAUGUUAAUGAAACGCUUGAAACUCCUGACCUGUCUCAUUUGAGUCUGACAGAUUUUGACCAAGUGUAUGAACCAAGAGAAGAUUCUUUUUUGUUUCUGGAUGCUCUUGAAAAGGAUCUGAAUUUCAUCCGCUCUGUGCAACCCAGAUUAGGUCUGGAAGUUGGCAGUGGAUCUGGUGUGAUAUCAGCAGCUGUAGCAAGGGCCUUGGGGUCUACUUGCUUUAUGAUGGCUACUGAUGUUAACCCAUUCGCAUGUAGUGUCACUCAACAAACUGCAGAAAAAAAUAAAACCAAUGUCGCAUGUGUGCAGAUGGAUUUGGACACAAUGUUCAGAAUGGACAAUUCGAUUGACCUGCUGCUGUUUAAUCCUCCAUACUGUGUAACUUCCUCAGAAGAACUGAUUGAGCCAGGAGAAGAUGGUUCAUUCCUUCAUUUAGCCUGGGCGGGGGGUCUCCGAGGAAGGGAGGUCACUGAUCGCCUCCUCUCUCAUGUGGGUAAAUUACUGUCAUCAAAGUCGUUAUUUUAUUUAGUUGUUAUCAAGGAAAAUGAUCCAGCAGAAAUCAUGAAUGUGUUAUCUGUUCAAGGUUUUGAAGGGAAGACUGUUGCUAGCCGGAAAGUAAAAAAUGAAUGUUUGUCGGUUUUAAGGUUUUACAGGGGCCUCUAACCAUUUCCUUUAUACUGGAAAUACAAUGUUAUUUUUUUUAGUUAA